AUGCUCCAAUGCCCCGAGGCUACCCCUUGUCUCAUUUUGACCACCUCUGCAUCCCUCAAGCCAUUUACUUUCAAGCCCUACGAGCCUACGGAGGAACUACAUUUUACCGCCGAUGUCCAACGCGUAAUGCAGAAAGCGCCACCUAGAAGGAGGAACUCCACCCAGCCUCAGGCACAGUCCCAAAAUCUUGUCGUACAGCCCGCUGAAACCAUUAGUAACGGCGCUGCGAAGGCGAAACACCUAGGUGACCAAGAAAAUUUUGAUAGGCAAUCGAAUAAUGACAAUUCGAUGGGUUCUGGAGCGAAAAUGCAAGCAAUGCUACCGGCAAGACGCUGUGUCUCCGUCUUACAUUCAGAGCGCCAGCCAGACGACUCUACCACAGUUCCAAAUCAAGGUAAGGGCAUUAACCAGCAAAAUGAUAAGGACAUCCGAAAGAAACCGCGAAGACGGACUAUAUGGGUACCUCCCGAAGAUACGACAGUUCUCACGAUACAUCCCAGGCUUCGAUCUGAUGCGAGGAGUCUGAGUAAAUCUUCACUAAAGGUCGUCAAUCAAUCCGAUGCUUGGAAAAGACGGCAAAAACAGCCACUUGCCGCAGCUCUAAGACGAGCUCCAUUGCAACCGACGCUUAAGCCUUUACAAGAAAGGGAAGACCAACAGGAUAUAGCUGCAAAUGGACCGGGAAAGGAAAAUCUGCUUCCGCUCACUGCUGCGAUGUCCCGUGACAAGAUCCACAAGGGUUCGCAGAUUCGAGCAAGGAGAGUCUCAUUAUUCGAGGGCGCAUCCAGAUGUGCUGCCUAUCGUUCGGAUGCUUUGCCUUUCUCUGAUCCGUCCCAGGCGGCUCGAGAGCAAUCACAGAGCACUGCUGAGGUGGGUUUCAGCAAUGACCAGCCCAAAAAGGCCACCCGGCCUUUCAGAAAGCUUGAGAUAGUCAAAGAGCAGCGGAAGUCCACGAUUAACAAAAGAAAUACUCUUCAUUACGGUACAACAUGGAAAGCAUCAGCGGACCCGCACAUCAACAAUUCCGCAUCCCAGCCGCCACCUACACUGAUCGCGUCUAUGCUGCGCAAGGUAGCCUCGUCAACAGAACAGAAAUAUCCAGUAAUGCAUGAAGACGUCGAAAGACCGGAAAUUUUGGAGGAUACUUGGCUAAAUGACCAAGAAGCGAUCCUCGCUCAGUGCGUUAACGGUCUUUUCGAGACCAUAAACAAUCGGGAUCAUAUGAGUCAUGGACAUCAGAGGCGAACGCUCUUAGGUCUUUAUCAAGGAGCUGAAUGCUCCCUUCUCCAUGGACGACUAAAGGCAUCCCUUCUAUAUGGGUGCCUUGGCCGGCCAAAAGAUUCGUUUAAUGCUUCAUCUUUGAAGAGCGAUGUGGGGAUAUGCCGAAGUUUCAUCAGCUUAUGGGCCCGAAAUUACAGUCUUGACAUGCUGAGUGCCGCAGCUGAGGUGGUGGUAGGCCGCGAAGCUCUAGUCGACUCGCGGUGCCCCAAGUCUGCGCAUACCCAGAAAAACUGCAAAAAGAGUCUGGAGGCUUUCUUGGACUCUUAUCUUCUCCGCAAUGAAGAUGCACCUGAUGCUGAACAAUCGUCUCCCGCUUGGUGCUGGCGGCGAACAAUGUUACGAAGCAUGAUGGUGAUUUAUCUCCUCGACAAAGCCAAGCAGAUGAACAUAAUCUCAACAAACCUCUAUCAAGCAUCUUCGACUAUCAAGUCUUCGCUUGCUUUCCUCAGAGAGCUCAUUGCAUUGAUCCAUCCAUCUGCAGGAAAUAUCUGUCGUCUUCUAAAGUCUUUGGAUUACCACGUUCACCACACUCAGUAUCCCCUAUCCGACUUUUCCUACAACAUCGAGAAUCUGGCAACUGAUCUCCGAGAUGGGGUAAGAUUGACGCGACUCGUAGAACUUCUCUUGUAUCCGCUGGGUUCGCGCACCACGCUCGAAGAAAACGUUACGAUUGCAAUGCCUAAAGGCGAAGUGUUGACAACCAUGCUCGAAGAAGGACAAUCCUUGGUUCUUUCGCAGCAUCUAAAAUAUCCAUGCACGGCAAGGGCACAAAAAAUUUACAACGUGCAUAUAGCCUUGGGUGCUUUGCGCGCAGUCCAUGAAGUCGGCCAAAUUGCAGAGGACUUGAGUGCCGAAGAGAUCGUUGAUGGUCACCGGGAAAAGACAUUGACUUUGCUGUGGGCAUUAUUGGGAAAUUAUGGCCUGGACAUCUUGUAA